CGCAGGCACUGUGCCCAAAGAGGUGGUGCUUCCGGAGAAAAUGACGGAGCUUAGAACACUGGAACGGGAAGACACAAAACCACCGGCGCGGAGUCGAGCCCUGAGAAGGUUCCCUAUUCUGGCAUUGUAUGGCACCGCUUGCUUUUCUCUCGCCUUCAUUUCUCCCUACAUACCGCAUCUGGCGGCGGAAAAACGAGCAGAGCAUUGGCAGUUCAACGUCAUGUAUGCCAGCACUAGAGCGUCCAUGCUUCUUGGAAGCCUUCUUAAUAUAGCAGUCAUUCAGCGCCUCACACCUCAAGUCACUCUGAUUGUUGCAUUCGUUGGCAUGAUUGUAUGCGUAUCAUUUUACGGGUAAGAUACGC